ACCCGCCCCCUUUACCCAGGAAUGGACACGGCCCGAGGGUCUCCGGACACGGGCUGGGCAAGGCCAGCGGCAGCGCUAGCCCUUGGAGCACAGAGCCCCCUCUCCGAGGACAUGAAGCUGUUGGAGAAUUCGAGCUUCGAGGCCAUCAACUCGCAGCUGACAGUGGAGACCGGAGAUGCCCACAUCAUCGGCAGGAUUGAGAGCUACUCAUGUAAGAUGGCAGGAGACGACAAACACAUGUUCAAGCAGUUCUGCCAGGAGGGCCAGCCCCACGUGCUGGAGGCACUGUCCCCACCCCAGACCUCUGGCCUCAGCCCCAGCAGACUGAGCAAGAGCCAAGGUGGUGAGGACGAGGGACCUCUCAGCGACAAGUGUAGCCGCAAGACCCUUUUUUACCUGAUUGCCACCCUCAACGAGUCCUUCAGGCCUGACUACGACUUCAGCACAGCCCGCAGCCAUGAGUUCAGCCGGGAGCCCAGCCUCAGCUGGGUGGUGAAUGCAGUUAACUGCAGUCUGUUCUCUGCUGUGCGAGAGGACUUCAAGGCCCUGAAGCCGCAGCUGUGGAAUGCAGUGGACGAGGAGAUCUGCCUGGCUGAAUGCGACAUCUACAGUUAUAACCCAGACUUGGACUCGGACCCCUUCGGGGAGGAUGGCAGUCUCUGGUCCUUCAACUACUUCUUCUACAACAAGCGGCUCAAGCGAAUUGUCUUCUUCAGCUGCCGCUCCAUCAGUGGCUCCACCUAUACGCCCUCAGAAGCAGGCAACGAGCUGGACAUGGAACUGGGGGAGGAGGACGUGGAGGAAGAGAGUGGAGGUGGAGGCAGCGAGGGCGGGGCUGAGGAGACCAGUGCCAUGGAGGACAGGGUCCCAGUGAUCUGUAUGUGACAAGGAGGAGCAGAGGCUCCAGCUUUAUCCAGCUUCAACCAAUGCUUGGACCUGCCCAUCUGAGGAGUCCCAAAGCCUCCCCAGCUGCCGGCCAGACUCUGGCACUGCCACAGCCCCGGCACUGCCCAAGGCCACACUUGCCUAGCCCUUUGGCUCCAGCCUGUGGAUGUCCACUCACCCCCACCGUCUCCUGCCCAUGCUGCGGCUGGACUAAGCAUGGGACCUGGUGGGAAGAGCAGCUGCCCUGGCCAGACGAACUGCCACUGGCAAGGAUAGCUGGACCGCAGAGUUUAUUUUUGUAUUUCCUACUGGGCCUGCACACUCCAGGCCACAGGGCCCGUGGCCGGAGGCCCCGCAAGCAGGCCGCAGGGGUCACUGGUUCUGCUCUUGGGCCGGCCCCUGGUGCCCACCUGUACCCCCCACCUUGCCCGUUGGGCCGCGUGCACUGAGUGUCACUUUGCUGCAGCUCAUUCGUUUCCAAUAAAAGUUUCUGUGACUUA